AUGGCCUAUUGCAAUGUUCUCAGCGCUUCAACAAUUGACGAGAAGAGAGAGCUUAUUUACCUCGACAAAUAUCGUAGGGAAGUCAUUCUUUGCGACUGGGCAGAGCUUGGGAGCACCCAGGUCUCGCCCGGCCGAGCGGCUGGCUCUACAUGUACUAACCACGCAGGAAACCAUCGACGACAACGAUCGACCCCUACGCUUCAAGGAUCCUAUCAAUCAAUCUUGCCAGGCUCACCCUCUGAACAAAUCUCAGCACGCCAGCAUCACAGCUUUGGCAACCACGUUCAAGAGGAGACCAGAGCACCAGAGGAACAAACUUACGGACGUAGUGUAGAAGGUUUAAAACGACAGCAAGACGGACAACUAUUCUCGCAAGCCACACAGCAGACCACAUCUCGACCGGGCUACCCCCAUGGGCCUAAUAAAGGCCACUCAACUGACCAUCCUCAGGAACAACCUAGUCUUCCCAAGAAUGUUUCGGACUCAAGCUUCAUCUCGACAGAAGCAAUUAAUGCACUACUUAUGGACUUGCAACCAGCGAUUUCGGGCGCCAACUAUGAAAUGCCCAGGCAUGGCAUAAGUGGCGGAUAUUCAUCCGAGCACAACAAGACAAAUCUGCAAGUAGAGCUAAAUGGAGAGCAAUCGUCGAAAUAUGAAGUUGCAAAUGUUGGAAUCCUGGCAGGUCCACAUUAUCCAUCCAAUACGCCCGAAGAUCGAAUGGCGAAACGAAAACAGCAUAUAUCGCUUGAUCUAACCAAUUCACACUUCAUAGUGGAUUUCGAUUGUCUUCACAGACCUGAGACGCCAGCUCGGCAACAAUGUCAAGGUUUGUGA